AUGUCGAUCAUCAACACACUCGUUCGCAUUUUAGUUUUCUUCCUCGCUUCGUCAUUGUUUAUUGGCAUCGGACAAGGCCAAAAAAUAUUAGACGUAACCAAAUACGGUGCUGUGGGAGAUGGACGGGCAGAUGACUCCCAAGCUUUUUUUAAAGCGUGGAAAGAUUUAUGUCAAGGAAAUAAUGACGCUACGGAUGACAUACCGAUACUUAUUGUGCCGGAGGGGAAAACGUACUUAUUGCAACGUAUAAAAUUUGAAGGUCCAUGCAAUUCGAAGAGCGUUCACGUUCAGGUUCUAGGGAAUUUGUUGGCUCCUAUGCGUGGUGCAUGGAAAGAAUGCAAUUCGGGGGAUUGGCUAAGUUUUUCAAACAUUGAAAAUCUAAUGCUCGACGGCUCAGGAAAAAUCGACGGCCAAGGGGCUGCGUGGUGGAGGACCAGCCAGUAUGAUGCGAGAUCACGCAAACUCUUGGCAAAUAACGACUGCAAACCAAAUAAGGCAUUGCAGUUCCACAACUGUCAAAACCUUAAACUCAGCGGACUGACUUUUCUGAACAGCCCGCAAGCGCAUAUUGGUAUAAAUAGUUGUGACAAUGCAGAUGUCUCAGAUUUGAACAUACAUGCGCCGGAAGACAGUCCAAACACUGAUGGUAUUGACAUCUCUUCGUCAACCCAUGUCACCAUUCGCAACUCGUUUAUCGGAACAGGGGAUGAUUGUAUCGCCAUUGGCGACGGGUGUUCCUUUCUCUACAUCACCAACAUUGCGUGCGGACCAGGCCAUGGAAUUAGCGUUGGAAGCUUAGGAGAAGAUGGAGCUAGUAAUAAAGUGGACAACAUAUACGUGAAAGAUUGUAGUUUUACUGGAACUACAAACGGAGCGAGAAUAAAAACGUGGCAGGGCGGCUCCGGGUAUGCGAGGAACAUCACGUUUGAGAGGAUCAAACUUGACAGAACCAAAUACCCUAUCAUUAUUGACCAGUACUAUUGCAAUGGGGAACACAAUUGCAAAAGUCAGUCGUCGGCCGUGGUGGUGGCGGAUGUGACGUACAGCGAUUUUGAAGGCACUUCUGCGACGGAUGAGGCGAUUAAACUCAACUGCGACAAAGUUUCGGGUGGCUGUCAUAAUAUUUUGAUGGAUAGAAUUAAUAUAGUGUCAGCGGUCAGGGAUAUGAAGAUUUUUUCGUCUUGUAACAAUGCCGACGGAACUUAUGUCGGCACUACGGUGCCCGACGUGGCUUGUCUAAAGAGUUCAACAACGGAGCCUGCGACCCCAACAACACCAUCUUCACCAAAAACUACCGCUCCGCCGGUACAAAUCCUACCAUUGCCAUCGCCACCACCUAUACCGGUAAUGCCGCUGCCGUCGCCGUCACCUGUACCGGUAAUGCCACUGCCGUCGCCGUCACCUGUACCGGUAAUACCAAUCAUUCCUCCGCCAGCGCGACCAACGGUAUCAGUCAUACCACCGCCAUCGCUGCCAUCAAUCACCCCACCACCAGAAGAUAUCAUGCCACCGCCAGUGCCAAUCACACCACCACCGCAACCAAUCACGCCACCACAGUCAACUGCACCACCUGUGCCACAGGGACUAGACAUCACAGGAGGGGCAGGGGAGGCUGGCGAGUUAGAUCCUUCGUACUUCCCAAGUGGAGCUCCUGGCAGUGCUAAUCUACCUAUAAGCUACCACCUAUUUUGUCCACUGAUGGUGGUCCUUGCUGCAACAACUAUAAUUUUUAAUUAA